AUUGUCUCCUAAUUUUAAAACUUGUACGACGGCUCGAUUCACCACCAUACAACCCACAUCCCUUUCCGACUCUUCAUUCAGUUCGCCGACCCAUGUUCGAUGUUCGCGCUACAUGUUCGCCUGCAGUUGGCAACACGCAGCGACAUUCCACCAACAUCAAAAACCCCAAAUUUCCAUACUAGCAGCUCGAUACUCAUUUGUUCGCCAGUUGUGUCGUACAAGUUUCCGAAUCACCAACACAAAAAAUGGUGGACCCUCAUGCGGUCUCAGAGUGGACCUGCGACGAAGUUCUCCAGUUGAUCACAGAAUACGGAAAACGGCCGGCACUCUGGGACCCCGACUGCAAAGACUACAAGAACAGAUUCAUCAAGCACCAGAUGUGGCUAGAACUGUCCGAGAUAUUCAAAUACAGCAAGCUAGAAGUGGAACGCAAGAUGAAAAUUUUGAAUUCGCAGUUUCGGCGGGAAAGACUGAAAGCUCUGAGGAUGAGGAGGAUGGGGAAGACUCACAAGAUCACGUGGUAUGGAUACAGCGCGUUUUCUUUCAUGAAUAAGAACUUGGCGAGGUAUAAAAAUAAGAGCAAGGGGUUGAUGAUCAGGAGCGUUGUUAAACAAGAGGAAGAUGUGGACAAUUUUGUGCCAUUGUUGAAGAAAUUUAAACAGCGUUUGGAUCAAGAUGGUAACUCAGUUGAGAAUCAAAAUGUUGAUUCUGGUUUAGUUGAGAAUGCGGAUGGAACAGUGGAUGGGGAUAAAGAACCUCAACAAUUCACAGAUGGGGUUUUUAGAAGUUUGCACGAAACCAAGGACGAGUGGGCGCUUUUUGGCGAACUGGUCGCUCAUACCUUGCGGAAGUUACCUGAUAUGUCUAGAUGCAUCGCUAAACAUAAAAUAAAUACAGUCUUGUAUGAGGCUGAGCUCAUCACGUACAAUAGUUCUGAUAAAACCGUUAAAUAAAAUAGCGUCUUAAAAGA